AUGUCGUCGGAUAAGGACUUCUGUGUAAGACAAUCAACUCUGGUGUGGCUUCUGGGAACAAGGGAGGUUAAAAGAGCAAUAAAGCGGCAGCAUAAACCCAAUGCUAGAACUGCAUCCCUAGUGGUCACCUGCCAGGCCCUCAGAAAAUAUCGGUACUUGCUCUUGGGGGAAACGCAGAGCCUUGGCCAAAAACAGACUGCUGAAGGAAUAUACGCACCUUAUAGCAAGCAAGCUCACUACUCGUGCUUUGGCUAUGCUUUCCCUUCUCGCCUGGCAUUUUGA